UGCGGGGAGCUGGGCCGGCAAGACCCAGAUGCCGCACAGCUCGCGCGCCCCCGCAGAGGCAGGGGGAUGGCUCGCGCCACCUCUGCGGUCAGCGGCCCACCAGGUAGGCGACGUCCUCGCUCCGGGCCUCGGUUCCCGUGUCAGAGCCAGAAGAGGGCUUAGGAACAAAUACCCCGCUUGAGAACGCCGGCCCCGGUCGCCUUGACCCGGUGCAGGGCCCCAGCGCGGCGGGCAGGGUCAGGAGGGUCGCCGUGAUGGACUCACUGGCAGCACCCCAGGACCGCCUGGUGGAGCAGCUGCUGUCGCCGCGCACCCAGGCCCAGAGGCGGCUCAAGGAUAUCGACAAGCAGUAUGUUGGCUUUGCCACACUGCCCAACCAGGUGCACCGGAAGUCAGUGAAGAAGGGCUUCGAUUUCACACUCAUGGUGGCCGGUGAGUCGGGCCUGGGGAAGUCCACACUGGUCCAUAGCCUCUUCCUGACUGACCUGUACAAGGACCGGAAGCUGCUGAGCGCUGAAGAACGCAUCAACCAGACAGUAGAGAUCCUGAAGCACACUGUCGACAUCGAGGAGAAAGGGGUCAAAUUGAAGCUUACCAUUGUGGACACUCCAGGCUUUGGAGAUGCUGUGAACAACUCUGAGUGUUGGAAGCCCAUCACUGACUAUGUGGACCAGCAGUUUGAACAAUAUUUCCGGGAUGAGAGUGGCCUCAACCGUAAGAACAUCCAGGACAACCGGGUGCACUGCUGUCUGUACUUCAUCUCCCCCUUUGGACAUGGGUUGAGGCCAGUGGAUGUAGGUUUCAUGAAGGCUCUGCACGAGAAGGUGAACAUUGUUCCACUCAUUGCAAAAGCUGACUGCCUGGUCCCCAGUGAGAUCCGAAAGCUGAAAGAAAGGAUUCGGGAGGAAAUUGACAAGUUUGGGAUCCACGUUUACCAGUUUCCAGAAUGUGACUCAGACGAAGAUGAGGACUUCAAGCAACAGGACCGGGAACUGAAGGAAAGCGCACCCUUCGCUGUCAUCGGCAGCAACACUGUGGUGGAAGCAAAGGGACAGCGGGUCCGCGGGCGACUGUAUCCCUGGGGAAUCGUGGAGGUGGAGAAUCAGGCGCACUGCGACUUUGUGAAGCUUCGGAACAUGCUCAUCCGCACUCACAUGCACGACCUCAAAGAUGUGACAUGCGAUGUACACUACGAGAACUACCGGGCACACUGCAUUCAGCAGAUGACCAGCAAGCUCACACAGGACAGCCGCAUGGAGAGUCCCAUCCCUAUCCUCCCACUACCCACUCCAGACGCGGAGACAGAGAAGCUCAUCAGGAUGAAGGAUGAGGAGCUUAGGCGCAUGCAGGAAAUGUUGCAGAAGAUGAAGCAACAAAUGCAAGACCAGUGACACCCCACCCCAGCCCCACAUCGCCACGGAUAGACCACCCGUUUCCGGACUGGCUGUUCCUACCCUGGAACCCCAGACUGGCCUGGAUUCUACCCUGGAUUCAUCUGGAUCUCACAUGGGCCUGGACCCAACCCAAAACCCAAAGUGGCUCUGAGCAGACUUUCUGACCCAGAGCACCGAGCCACAUCCCCCAGAUGACCCUAAUUUAUUCUUAGUAUUCACCCUUCUAGGUCAUUUGUAUCUGCUUCGGAGGGGUCUGAACCACAGCCCCUCCCCAACCCUCCCACCCCCGCCAAGAGGGUGCAAGAGCUAAGUUGGGCACAACUUUCAAGAUCUCCCUCCCUAGAAGGUCACUACCCCAGAGGGCCAAUAAACCAAGGCAGAAGGAGGGGCGCAGAUUGCAGGAUCGGGGCCUAAUUCCCCAACCCAGUGCUGCAGAGCGGACUUGGGGGCCCUCCGCUGCUGCGGAUUCCAGUGGCCUAUUCAGCCGAUGCUGACACCCUACUCUGUGCGGAAGUGGGCCGGAUCCUCCCUUAUCUCCUCAUUCCCGCUCGCUUUGGACGAGAGCCGGCAGAGUUGCGAGGUCUUUGGGAAGACCGGAGACCUAGAGACUGAUGUGAUGAGGGCGGGGCCGCGAGGCUGUGACAGCACAUGCCCUUUCCCCACAGCCUGGGUCAACCCGAAGGGCUGCAAGGGAGGUGGGAACGGGGCAUUCUCCAUGCCUAGACAACCUUCAUCUGCCCAUAGGCCGAGGUCUCCUUUCCCCAGCAGUACUAUGGCGCUGGGAUCCCUGCCCACCUCCAUCUCGCCACCCGCAUGACACCCCCUCCCCCCACGCGCACACACACACCCAUGCUCUGUUUUGUUCAGUUGUGAAUGCCACGUCCUGUCCUGGUGACAGGAGAACAAUGUUGGUGAACGUU